ACAAUCUUAAGUCCUUAACACCCAAGCACAAAGUAAAAGCACGCUGAAAACACACACAUACACACAAAGAAAUAUGAGGGCUUUCUUUAAGACAUUUGGAUGGUUUGUAGUAGGGUUAUGUUUCUUGGUGAAUAGAGUUGAAUGUAUGGUUCCCAAGAGUUUAUUGAAAGACAUUGAUAAGAUAAACAAGGUUGGUUCAUAUGGUAUUGUCGUGCCCAAUAGCUUCGAAAUGAAUCCACUUUUGCAGUCAUCGAGCUUCAUAGCAAAUAAAAAACGUCCUUAUAUUGAUAUUUCAGGAAGAAGGUUUCGUAUAGGAACUCUAGAAAAUCAAAGGGUCAUCAUUGUCAUGACUGGAUUAGCCAUGCUGAACGCAGGGAUUACUACACAAUUAUUGUUAAGUCUGUUUAACGUGAAAGGAGUCAUACACUUUGGAAUUGCGGGAAAUGCAAAUACUGAACUUGAAAUCGGAGAUGUGGCCAUCCCCGAGUUUUGGGCUCAUACUGGUCUAUGGGUAUGGCAGAGAUAUGGAGAAGGGUCUCAAAGCGAGUUACCCCUGGAAUCCAAUGGCGACUAUACAAGAAGCAUUGGCUACCUAAAGUUUUCUGAUUACAAUAACGACACCAAUACACAACAAAUCAAGAUCAAAGACAAUCUUUUAAAUAAUGUUUGGUAUCAGCCAGAAGAAAUAUUCCCCAUCAACACAACCCCUGAAAGUAGACAACAUGCAUUUUGGGUCCCUGUUGACAACAACUACUACACACUUUCCAAACAACUCGAGGGCAUUAAGUUGGAGAGAUGUAUAAAUGGUACGAUUUGUUUACCUAGGGAACCUAAAGUGUCAAGAGUUCAGAGGGGUGUAAGUGCAAAUAUAUUCGUAGAUAAUGGGGCUUAUAGAAACUUUCUAAAUAGCAAAUUCAAUGUGACCCCAAUAGAUAUGGAAAGUGCUGCAGUUGCGCUAAUUUGCUAUCAACAAAAAAUCCCAUUUAUUGCAAUUAGAGCUCUUUCUGAUUUAGCUGGUGGGGGGUCUGCAAUUUCUAAUGAAGCUUCCAAUUUUGCUCCUUUGGCAGCUCAAAAUGCCGUUGUUGCAUUGGUUAAAUUUGUAACAUUAUUGCCCUCUAAAGUCUAAAACGAAUUCUCUGUAAAAUACAUAAAAUCGAUCAUUUGGAUAUCUUGUAUAGUAGUAGUAAUUCUUUAAAUUUUCAUAAAGUUGGACUUUAGGUGUCAUGUAUAAAUGUGUAUUUAUCGUUCAUUAUAUGCACAAAACAUAUACAACAGUUGGAUA